AUGCUGGGGCGGAGGGCGCCGUGGCUGUGCUGGUGGUGGGGACUGCUCUGCGGCUGCUGCGGGCCCCCGCCCCUGCCCGCCGCCGGGGGCGCGCUGCUGGGGGACGGCGGGCGCCCCGGCCCCGCGGAGCAGCCGCCGCCGCCGCCGCAGACCUCCUCCUCGGGCUUCCUCUACCGGAGGCUCAAGACGCACGAGAAGCGGGAGAUGCAGAAGGAGAUCCUCGCCGUGCUGGGCCUCCCGCACCGGCCCCGGCCCCUGCACGGCCUCCAGCAGCCGCAGCCCCCUGCGCUCCCACCGCCCCCGCCGCCGCCGCAGCAGCCUCGCGGGGAGCCCCCGCCCGGGCGGCUGAAAUCUGCGCCCCUCUUCAUGCUGGACCUGUACAACGUCCUGUCCGCCGCCGACGACGAGGACGGGGCUUCCGACGAGGAGAGGCGGCAGCCCGGGCCGCGAGGAGGGGCCGGCUCGUCCCAGACCCGGCAGGCGGCCCUCGGCAGCAGGAGCGUCCUGGCCCCCGGACCCGGCGGCGGCGGCGCGUCUCCACUGACCAGCGCGCAGGACAGCGCCUUCCUCAACGACGCCGACAUGGUCAUGAGCUUCGUGAACCUGGUGGAGGACGACAAGGAGUUCUCCCCUCGCCAGCGACACCACAAAGAGUUCAAGUUCAACCUAUCCCAGAUUCCUGAGGGUGAGGCGGUGACGGCUGCAGAGUUCCGAAUCUACAAGGACUGUGUGGUUGGAACGAGUUUUAAAAACCAAACUUUUCUUGUCGGCAUUUACCAAGUCUUACAGGAGCAGCAGCACAGAGACUCUGACCUGUUUCUGUUGGACACCCGCGCCGUGUGGGCCUCGGAAGAAGGCUGGCUGGAAUUUGACAUCACAGCCACCAGCAACCUGUGGGUCCUGACCCCGCAGCACAACAUGGGGCUGCAGCUGAGUGUGGUCACGCGGGACGGGCUCGACAUCAGCCCCCGAGCCGCCGGCCUGGUGGGCAGGGACGGCCCCUACGACAAGCAGCCCUUCAUGGUGGCCUUCUUCAAGGCCAGUGAGGUCCACGUGCGCAGCACCCGCUCGGCCGCCGGCCGGCGGCGACAACAGAGCCGCAACCGCUCCGCCCCGGCCCAGGAUGUGUCGCGGGCCUCCAGCGCCUCAGAUUACAACAGCAGUGAACUGAAAACAGCCUGCAGGAAGCACGAGCUCUACGUGAGCUUCCAGGACCUGGGCUGGCAGGACUGGAUCAUUGCACCCAAGGGUUACGCUGCCAACUACUGUGAUGGAGAAUGCUCCUUCCCUCUCAACGCGCACAUGAACGCCACCAACCAUGCCAUCGUGCAGACCCUGGUUCACCUUAUGAAUCCCGAGUACGUCCCCAAACCGUGCUGUGCGCCAACGAAACUGAAUGCCAUCUCUGUGCUUUACUUUGAUGACAACUCCAACGUCAUCCUGAAAAAAUACAGGAACAUGGUCGUCAGAGCUUGUGGGUGCCACUGACUCAGGACGAGCUGCUGGGGACACAUGCACUGCCUUGGACUCCUGCAUCACGUCUGCCUUAAAAGGCACCCGGAAGCACCGAGAAAGCGGGAUAAGACGCCGACACCAUCUCGUGCUGCCUGCUGCCUUUCCGCCCUAACAGACAUCUUAAAGGACCUCGUCCGUAACCUGCUCACGUAGUAAAUGUCGUGAGUAGUUGUCGGUCUCUAGGAAGCUGAGUUUGAGUGUCUGUAGCAUGAAGUCCGGUGACUGAAGAAACCUAACUUUGAAGGUUCCCCUCUGCCCCCCCAAACCCACCCAAAUUAUUUUGCUUUAGAUCAAGCUCUUUGUGGUUUUAGUAAGUAAAUAGGGAAGAUAAUCUUAAAGUAAAAUUCUUCUUGGCUCAGAUAUCAGCGGGCUCAGUAGCUGCUCACAGGUAGAUUUUGCAGAUCACGGGAAUGGGGGAAGAACGUCUCUGUUGAGCUCUCAUCCCAGGGAGGUCGGUUUCUCACGUGGGAUCAACGGCCCGGGAGGGAGCCGGGCAGCCCGCAAGUGCCUUUUGUCUCAGUCGUGCUGUUACGUGUUUGUGCGGGCGUUUUGUCCAUAUGAAAAUAUCCUUAUUUCAGUUCAACCAUAUAUCAUUUCCACCCCGCCCCCCCCCCCCCACCAGCAUUUGCUGUUUUCUUUGCUAGGACCAAAAACAGAGACUAAAGUGAUCCCACUUUGAGGCGAGGCUCCGGGGAUGAGAAGUCUUUUUAAAGCCAUCAUUUUAACCGAGCUACACGCCCGCACCUCUUCCCCUGAGGGACGGCUCUUUGAAAAAGCACGUUUACGUCAGGAAUGUCAGCCCUCAUCUGUGUCGGUAAAACGGUUCCUUGCCUAUUACUGGACAGCGUCCCGCAUCUUGGGGUUAGACCAGCAACAGGCGAUGAGCUGAGGAAGGGCACCCAGCCUUAGGAAGAGAUUAGGAUGGGUAUGCGGUUUAGGAACCGAAAUCACGGUUUUCUCCUGUAGAAAGUAAGACUCAGAUUAAAUCUGAGAAUAUUUUUUAAAUGUCUUUUUCACGAUCAUGUACUCGGAAACCAAUUUCAUACUAAACUGAUUAAAUAAUACAUUUAUGAUCUAUAACUGCACUUACAGCUUUUUUGUAAAUAUAAACUAUAAUUUAUUGUCUAUUUUAUAUCUGUUUUGCUGUAACAUUUAAGGAAAGACCAGACUUUUUUUUUUUAAGAGUUUAUUUAGAAAGUAUCAUAGUGUAAACAAAUUGUACCACUUUGAUUUCCUUUUUAAAGCAAGACUCACGAUGCAAAGAUGAAUCCACUCAUGAGGAUUGUGCUUCUCUAGAAAGUUGGGGUCUUUUUUAAAGAACAUCUGUGAACCAUACAUGAUUAAUAAAGAUUUUCU